AUGGCAGUAUUCAUAACCUCUUCGUUCUUUGUACUUUUGGUAUUGGCUGACUAUGUUGUUCACCCUGAGUCAGAAUUCUUAUUCGCACAAGUUCCUCCGAUUUUCAUUGAACGAGGGUGGAGGAAGAUAACAAAAGAAGAAGAAGAAGAAGAAGAAGAGGGGGAAGAAGAAGAAGAAAAAGAAGAAGAAGAAGAAGAGGAGGAUGAGGAUGAGGAUGAGGAGGAGGAGGAGGAGGAGGAGGAGGAGGAGGAGAAGCAAACGACGACGACCCGCACCGGAUUUCUGUGCGUGAGAAGGCUCGAAAGCGGUCCAAACGAGAAGUUAUUCAGUAGGAGAGAAGGAGACAUGAUCGCUUCCUCCGUCUCCUUCCCCGUGACUACUUCCUGUAACUCGCCUCUUCACUUCUAUUAGCAAGUUAUUUGGCAGUCGCUAGUACAACAGAGAUCUCCGGGCGUGACGGCAAGCUGUAAUUCGUCUGUUGCAAGGAUUGUGGCCCCAGUGACCUUCAACAGGUCAGGUCGAAUGUGGAUGGGCGUAGACGCCGCAGUUGCAUGAAACACUCGUCUGGGUCGCACCACACGCUCGCUGGUUCCUCUCCCCACACUUCUCCGCAUUGGUGAGUUUUUCUCGGCAGGCAUCCCGAAAGAAGGGAGUAGGUCAACGACCUGGCGAUCGAGACAACCGAGCCGCUUCUACAAAGCAAAUAUGAUGAAGCGGAGAAUCGUCUUGGACACACCCAAGUCCUUCAGCUCCUGAAGUUCUGUCUCAGGACGUACUUCACGUUCGACGGGACAAUCUACGAACAGGUGAAGGGCGCAUCAAUGGGUUCGCCGAUUUCGGGCUUCAUCGCCGAGGCGGUCCUGCAACGGCUAGAGUCGCUGGUCUUCCAGCAACACAAACCGAAGUUCUGGGUCCGGCAUGUGAAUGAUACCUUCAUCGUUAUCGACCGGAAUCAACUGAUGACAUUCAAGGAAUAUCUCAAUGCGGGCUUCCCGGACAUAUAA